CAUCACUGCGGGGAUGGUGGGCAGUGCCACUGCCUGGCAGCUGGGGAUGGAGUGGCCAACUAAGCCUCACUUCGCCUGUGUAACCCAUUGUCUCUAAAGAGCAGCUGGCUGCAGAAGCCACCAAGGUCUCGGGCCAGCUGUGGGCUCUUUGCUGAGAUGAAGGGGUAACCAUGGAAGAGGCUUGAAAAGUCAAUAAGGACCAAAAAUGACUGCGAAGUGGUUAGAUGACCCGGGGCCUUCCAUGGUGGCCAUGACACAGGAGACCUUCUUCCCCGGGGGCUGGGCCAAAGACUCAGCUACUCCCCUGACCAUAAAUGGCUUGGCCAGCAUUCUCUUGGAGCCACCUCUUGCUCUGUCACCCUUGCUCUCCCAGCUGGAUGGUCCUACAAAUGCAAGACACACGCCAACAACACCAGCAAGAAAGGAACUUGCCAAGGGCAGUGUUUGGAGAAGGCUCCUGGGAGGCUGUCGGAAAUGAGUUUUUCACUGAACUUCACGCUCCCCGCCAACACAGUUACUUCACGUCUCUGUGCUUCACUCUUCUCAUCUGUGAAGUGGAUCCCUGUCCUCCUGCUCAUUGGCUGUUGUGAAGAGUAAAUGAAUCGAUAUAGGACAAGUAUGUGAACAGCCUGGCACGUGCUAAGGGCUCCCUAAGCAUUAGCUGGCACCAUCAGCAGUAUUCUCGACGGCAGAAAAAUCCAUCUAGAGAGAGAAGGAAGCAAUUAGGCAGAGAAGAGCAUGAAUAAAAAGCUGUCCUGCCCAGGAGAUGGAGAGAUGGCAGGAGGGAUGGCUUCAGUCCUGACAAGCUGGUCCCCAGCUCCGGGCACUGGAGAAGCCAGAUUCUCAUGGCCCAUGGACUCCACGAAGCAACCCUGAAUUCUUAGAGUUAACUCAAAACCAGCCCAAGUGAAUGUUUGUAACCUCAAGAUGAAACAUCUCACCUGAAACAACAUCCACCUCUUCCCAUCACCCUGAGAAAUAGAAGGUUUUAGGCAGAAGCAGCAUGAAGACGUCCUCCCCAGUUGUUACCAGUGGAAAAGGAGCGGACUGUGGGCCCUCUCUGGGAUUAGCAGCAGGCAUCCCAUCCCUGGUGGCCACAGCCCUGCUGGUGGCCUUACUGUUGAUUCUGAUUCACCGCAGAAGAAGAAGCAGCGAAUCCACCGAGGAAAUCGAGAGGCCUUGUGAAAUUUCAGAAAUCUAUGACAAUCCCAGGGUAGCUGAGAAUCCUAGGAGGUCACCCACACAUGAGAAGAACAUAAUGGGAGCAGAAGAAGCCCACAUAUACGUGAAGACGGUAUCAGGCAGCCAGGAGCCCAUGCGUGACACGUACCGUCCUGCCGUGGAAAUGGAGAGAAGGAGGGGACUGUGGUGGCUUAUUCCCAGACUGAGCCUGGAGUGAUGCAGCCCAGCCAAGGAGCAGAUCCGGGGCUGGAACAGAGCUAAACACACAGGCCUUUGCACUUGGAGUGAGGAGAGACGCCAAGCUGCUUCUUAACCAGUCCAAAUUUCAUUUGCAGAUCUGGAAAAGUUUCAAGUUGAUUUUUCUCUUUAGGGGACUGAUCUGAUAAAGUGCAUUCCGACUCUCAGAUCUUGGGGUUUAGUGCAAUGAACUCAUUGUGCUUCCAAAGAGAGCCCUCGGAUCCUGUCCUUGAGCCCAGUGGGAACUUGCUUUUCUUGGUGACUGGGCGAAAGGGGUUUGAUUUCUCGGUGACUGGCCUCCUGAUCUUUUUUCACACCCAUUUUCUCAAAAGAGCCAUCAGACCUGGCUGCCAUGGGAGGGUGGCCAAGGCUAGCAUGGUGCAAGCUGGGCUGGGCUAUACAGGGCAUGUGUGAGGAGAAGAAGUUCCUUAUCUUUGAACCACUCGGGGCAGAAAUCACAAGGAGCCACAUGUUCCCCAAUCACAGGGGCAGCACGUGGCUGCGCAUUCACCACGCCCACUUGUGAUCGGGGGCAUCCAAGGAAGGCAGUUCUGCAGUGGGCUCUGUGUGUGUGUGCUGAAGAUAAACAGUGUGGAGGGAAGGCAGAGGUUGUUUCAAAAGGUCAUUAGCAAUGAGGACUAUACCCGUUUUUGUGGGAGUGGAGAGAAAGGCUCAAGUCCUGGAACGGUCAUGGGGAGAAAUUCACUAAGAGGAAGCGAGAUCAAGAGGCUCUGAGUGGCUGAGAGCCAAAGGGAUGGGCCCUGUGACUGUCCUUGUGUCACAUUGUGACUGUCAGUAGCAUUGAAGCAUUGUGAUUGUCAUCUGAGGGGAGCUGGUGCACAGAGGCAGCUGGUCCGGGGAUGCCUUUGCCAUCACUUCUGUGAGGAGGCUAAGGGGAGUCCCCCUGUGCAGGCCCAUCGUCCUCCUGAUGAGAGAGCCCGGGUCCAGGGCAUCCUGGGGUUCACCCACCAGCUCCCUGGGCCACCUUGAUAAGCUGUGGAAACAGUCCUCACAAAGGGCCCCUGAUUGCUCAGAAACACACCUCCUCUUCUUCAAAUAGCCAAGGACAGGUUCUACAAACCCACUCACUGCCACGUACCAGCACGCUCCCUUCAAAGCUCCUUGUGACAUUCAGUUUUGUGCUAAGUCCACUAGAUCCCGUCACCUAACAAGCAGAUUUUAAGCAGACGUGCCCAGUGACCCGGAUACUUGUGCUUAUCUUACAUAUUGGGGAGGACUUUGGAUUUGCUGAGAACAUGACGGUGGCCUUGGCUUUGAGGCUCAGGUGUGAGUUCUGGGGCAGAUCAAGGGUCUGAGCUCUGUAUGUGUAGAAUGGAGAGUGCUGUUUUCGUCCUCCUACCCUUAGGGCUGUUGUGAGUCCCAACAGAAAUACGCGCAGGUGAUGAUAAGUCUUGUGGUCUAUAGAGUAAGGUGUGACUUGUAUUUUUGGACCAUUCAUUUUAAUUCUACUUACAGGCCGUUGCUUAGUAUCUUUAUUUGAAAUGGUUUCUACUAAACUAGCAAGAUUCAGUAUUUCUGUCACUUUUUUUUCCUGCUCUGAUGCACAAAAACUUAUUUUGGAAUAAAGUGGAAAGUAAAAUGGCCAUUCUUGUGGACCUACAA